UCAGUGCAUUGACUAGGCAGGCGACCGGGCAGCCUGCAGUGAAACAAGGGCACAUUUCAAGUCCCUGGCCAGCCGCACACACGCCAACUGCCUGCUCUGUUUACUCUGCAAACGGGACGUGGGACCAGGUUUUGGCAGGUUGCUAAUGGAUCUCCUUACUCUCACCACCACCCCAUCCCGUCUCUUCUGAGAGUUUGUCAGUGACUCUGACAGCCUGAAUUGAUUUGUGUGUUGCAGUUUGCCUGCUGCUGCUGCCAAAGGUUUUCCCUGGCAUGGCCCCACCCUGCCAACUUCUGCCGGAGGACUGAGGGCUGCCUGUGCACUGGGGCCUUAAACCACACAAGCAGCAAUUCAAGAAUACAGGGAUGGAAUUACAGCUAAGCAAAUCAAGGAAGAGUGGGCCAUCCUAUGCACUCCCACGUGUUCCCCUUUGGGGAUGGUACAGAGGGGAAAAGAGAGCCAUGAAGUUCGCUAUCCCAAGAAUUUGGCGGGAACCCACUGACCACUCAAGCAACUGCUACUUCUGCAUGGUGGACCCUUCCAAACGUCGGACUGGCAAGAAUGCACCUGCUAUCACGUAUCCGGACCUUCCUUCAUCCACCGCCCCGGUGCCACACUGCCAUGAGCUCCCCGUACCCACUCCUCCAGAGAGAGAGCAGCCGUUUUUAGAAGAGAGCAGCAAGUCAGAGAGCGAGGAAGACGUUGUAGAUCUAGAUGACAAUUUCAGAGGUGGAGCUGAGGAGAGAAACCCAUACUACCCCAACCAAAAAGACCUCAACGACUUGAUUAGAGAUCUUGGUCUCACCAAGUCCAAUGCCGAGCUUUUGACGUCUAGGCUCAAGCAGUGGAACUUGUUGGAUGAAAGUGUGCAAGUCACAGAUCAGAGGAAGCGUCACCAACCUUUUUCCAGCUUCUUCACACGUCAAGAUGGGCUCUGCUUCUGCCACAAUGUGACCAGUCUGUUCGCGGCAAUCGGAAUCGCCUGUAACCAGAAUGAGUGGCGCCUCUUCAUUGACAGCUCAUCCAGGAGCCUCAAAGCCGUGCUGCUCCAUAAUGGUAACAAGUACCCGUCUCUUCCCCUGGCUCACUCAGUGCACCUCAAAGAGGAUUACAACAGCAUCAAGACCUUGCUGGACACCUUGAAGUAUGAUGAGUAUGGCUGGGAGGUCAUAGGAGACUUAAAAAUGGUGGCAUUCCUGAUGGGUCUCCAAGGUGGUUUUACCAAGUUUCCCUGCUAUCUUUGCCUUUGGGACAGCAGGGACACCAAGGCGCACUACCACAGGUUGGACUGGCCACAGCGGACCGAGUUCUCUGUGGGGAGGAACAACGUCAAGUGGGAGCCACUGGUGGACCCCAGGAAGGUGCUGGUGCCACCACUGCACAUCAAAUUGGGCCUUAUGAAACAAUUUGUCAGAGCUCUAGAUAAGGAGUCGGCAGCCUUCAAGUACCUUCAAUACUUCUUCCCUAAGCUGUCUGAGGCAAAGGUCAAAGCUGGUGUCUUCGUCGGACCACAGAUAAAGAAGAUCCUGGAGUGCAAUGAAUUCCCCAAGAAGCUCACUAGUAAGAAGAAAGCGGCUUGGAACAGCUUUGUCGCAGUGGUUCGGGGCUUCCUGGGCAAUCACAAGGCCGAAAACUAUGUGGAGCUGGAUGAGACUCUGGUGAAGAACUAUGGCACAAUGGGCUGUAGGAUGUCCCUCAAAGUCCAUAUCCUUGAUGCUCAUCUUGAUAAAUUCAAGGAGAACAUGGGAGCGUACUCGGAGGAGCAAGGCGAGCGCUUCCACCAGGAUAUACUGGACUUUGAACGCCGCUACCAAGGACAGUAUAACGAGAACAUGAUGGGAGACUACAUUUGGGGGCUGAUUCGUGAAAGUGAUUUACAGUAUAAUCGCAAAUCUCGAAAAACUACUCACUUCUAAAUCUUUUGUAGUCAUUUUUGUAUUACUUUAGUAUAAAUACAUGUUAAUUUGGAUUCAUAUGUUGUUUUUUUCUGACUAUGUGAACGAAAAGACAGAAAUUCGUCCGUUUUCUCAUUGGAAAAGGGUAAAUUUCAAAAUAUCACUGUCCUGGUCACAAAAGCAAAGUUUGUGGGGAAUAAUAGCCAUUUUCUAUACUUUUGAGGCAUAAGCAAUUAGAAAAUAACACUUACUACCCAGGAACAAAAAUUGUGUUACAUAGUGUCAUCAUCUCGGCUGACAAACUGACAUUUUGUGCAGCCUGUCAAAUGCUGCGUGGUCGGUCUUAAUUGGAUACAGUUUAGUUACAAAACACCAACGUCGCCAAUUUUUUCUUUUUUAAAAGUUAUUCACAAAAAAAAAAAACAGCAAGUGCAACGGUAAUUGAUAGUUCUCACCGGUCGACAAUCCAUGCCUUUUUUAGAUAAUGACACAAACUGUUUUGUUCCAGUUAAUGAUAUAAAACGUAUUUGUCCUGUAGUAAACUAUACGCUUUUGUUUAAAUGUAAAGAAUGGCUAAAUGUACAGUAUUAAAACACUGCUCUUUAAUUAGUUUCUUUUUUUCUCACACUCAUAAUGUGCUGUCAUAGGCAAACAUGAAACCGACAUACAAAGACAUUUAUAUCAUGACCCGCUUUAUAUCUAUAUAUAUUACAUUAAUUGGCACUGAAAUAUAUUCAAAUUAACACCCACAGAGAUGUAGUGUUGUUGCUGGAGUUCUGGUGUAGCCAUGGAAACACUGUUUAUGAAGUGGCCACUUGGAGUGUUAAGAGCUUUGCACAACGACAUUUGCCUCUCUGCUGGCUCUCAAACAGAGUAAGCAAAUAUACAACACAUUCCCAGUGUUUUUUGCAUGGUUGUGUCUUGACCACUUCCUGAUAGUGGAGUACCAUGUUAUAGAUCUAGACGAAGGACUCACAUUUAGACAAAAGCAUUUCUACUUUGGACACAUCCUCCCCAUGCUGCUCCAUUUCAUUCUUAUCUGUUGAUUACUAGGCUCCUGAGUGCGCACAACAGUGUUCGUUAGGUGCAUUUGACUAACGAUGAUUAUUAAUCUUUAUUAGGUUUCCUCUUCAACUGACUCUACAGAUUUAUAUUGCUUCCACCCCCGACCCAACCAGGUUGUAUGCAGAAUGUGGUUGGUGAUAUAUUACAUUAACCUUGAAUUUUACAUUUUUGAAAUAUACCAUUACUCAUUAUUAUCUAUGUUAUCAGGUGUCUUCACAUUUUACAAUUACAACCUUAAACUGGACCUGGUGUAACCAAAGGUAACUCAAUCAUGCACAUUAUACACAGGCUGCACAUUAUAUUCCAAAAAUGAAAGUAGAUCAUUACGAUCUCGAAAGUUAAGGCUAAACUAAAUACUUCUGCAUUUAAAGUUUACACUAACUAUGCAGACCAGAGACUCACACACUCAUCUAGCACUCCCUCAAGUUUCCACCACCUCUGCCUCCCACCCCCCCUUGU